CUACUCUCUGUAGCACUCAGAACACGGGCCAGGGCUCUGGACAGGUCUGGUGCUGGGGUCCUGGACAGGUCUGGUGCUGGGGCCCUGGACAGGUUUGGUGCUGGGGCUCUGGACAGGUCUGGUGCUGGGGUCCUGGACAGGUCUGGUGCUGGGGCUCUGGACAGGUCUGGUGCUGGGGUCCUGGACAGGUCUGGUGGUGGGGCUCUGGACAGGUCUGGUGCUGGGGUCCUGGACAGGUCUGGUGGUGGGGCUCUGGACAGGUCUGGUGCUGGGGUCCUGGACAGGUCUGGUGCUGGGGCCCUGGACAGGUUUGGUGCUGGGGCUCUGGACAGGUCUGGUGCUGGGGCUCUGGACAGGUCUGGUGCUGCUGGGGCUCUGGACAGGUCUGGUGCUGGGGCUCUGGACAGGUCUGGUGCUGGGGUCCUGGACAGGUCUGGUGGUGGGGCUCUGGACAGGUCUGGUGCUGGGGCUCUGGACAGGUCUGGUGCUGGGGUCCUGGACAGGUCUGGUGGUGGGGCUCUGGACAGGUCUGGUGCUGGGGCUCUGGACAGGUCUGGUGCUGCUGGGGCUCUGGACAGGUCUGCUGCCCUGGACAGGUCUGGUGCUGGGGCUCUGGACAGGUCUGGUGCUGGGGUCCUGGACAGGUCUGGUGCUGGGGCUCUGGACAGGUCUGGUGCUGGGGUCCUGGACAGGUCUGGUGCUGGGGCUCUGGACAGGUCUGGUGCUGGGGCUCUGGACAGGUCUGCUGCCCUGGACAGGUCUGGUGCUGGGGCUCUGGACAGGUCUGGUGCUGGGGCUCUGGACAGGUCUGGUGCUGCUGGGGCUCUGGACAGGUCUGGUGCUGCUGGGGCUCUGGACAGGUCUGGUGCUGGGGCUCUGGACAGGUCUGCUGCUGGAGCUCUGGUGGUCAGCCCAGGGGAGGACAGGGGCUUCUCAUCACAUAUCACCCUGGGUAAGAAGGUGGCUGCCAACCUCUUCUGGACCUGGAAAAUAUUUAUUUUUACUCUAUUUUUACUAUCCAUCUGUAACUUCAGUCACGUAUUCAGUUAG